CCAGACUCUUCGCCCCCACUGAUGCAUGCAAAAGGGCCCCAAGGCUUGAAGUUGGGCUCAGAAUAACCAACACUCGGCUCUGGUCUGGGCCAAGUCUUGCAAGCCUCGUCCGAACGAGGUCAGAGCGCCUGCCACGACAAUGGGAGCGAGCGGCUUCGCGGACGAAGCUCGCCUCCACCUCCCUAAUGCCGCGCGUCUCGUCCUUCGCUCACCUCCACCCACUCCGCAGCCGUCUCUAUACCGCAUCGUCCCUUGCGCUCAUCCGCCGAGCGGCUGCUUUCGUCCUUUGCGCGUGCUGCUCGCAGUGCGCAGCUGCUGCGGCGCAUGGACGUGCCCCAGGUCGGCAGCCCGCCGCAGCCGCGCGUCGCCUACGUCCUCUCGCCGGCGCUUCUCCGCGCCGCCAACGCCUUGCCCGCCAGCGCCGGCCGCUCGCGCCUCGUCCAUGCACUGGCCUGGCAUUGCGGUCUCAUACAGACGCCUGAGUCCGGCGCAGCGUCGGCGUCAGCGUCAGACGUCGAAGCAGCUGGUGUGGGCAGCGCGGAAGAGCACGAGCUGGUGCGCCUCCUCGCCGGCGAUGUAGACGCUGCAGACGCUGCCGUCGUAGCGCGGCAGCACGGCCCAGCUGCGACGCUCAGAAUCCCACAGAUGGGAAGGCGAGCAGAUCUCCUCGCCUACCACGCCGCCAGCUUCGUCGAUGUUCUGCUCGACGAGAAUGCGAGUGCAGGUGGCCAAGAGGAGGGACUCGACGAGGACACGCCGCGCUUCGCAGAGCUGCGUACCUAUGCCCUCGCUCUGGCUGGUGCAGCAGUGGAUGCGGCAAAAGCGCUGCGAAACGGCAGCUUUGACGUGGCUCUGCUCUGGGACGGAGGGCGCCACCAUGCACGUCGUGCGCGCGCGAGCGGCUUCUGUUACGUUUCAGACGCCGUGCUCGCAAUGCUAACGAUGCGCAAGCCUGUGCCGAAGCCCAAGGCGAUCACACCAGCGCCAGCAAAGCGCCGAGCCGACGACGACGCCUCGCGUCUACAGAAAGCUCCGCGUCUCGGCUUUGGCGCACGGCCAGAAGACAUCCGUCGAGCUGCUGAGGCCGCCGCGGCCGUGUCGCAGGGAGAAGCCCCAGACGCCGGCGUGCAGCAACAUGCCGCAGCAUCCGACGCAGCUCAGGAGCCCGCACCUGCUCGACGGCGAUGGGAGCGCAUCCUCUAUCUCGACUUGGACCUGCACUGGGGCGACGGCGUCGAGGAGGCGUGGUACAACUCGCCGUCCGUCCUCACGCUCAGCGUGCACUACUUUGCAAGAGGCUUCUUCCCCGCAGGCGGCAGUGAGCGCGCGCCUCGUAGUUCCCGAGCUGCGUCCCCGUCGACCGACAACGACGAGUCGCCCAGCGGUGACGCGCCACACGAAGCCGCCGCAGGCUCGCUCCAUGCGCCGUCUGGACCGGUCGCAGCGCCAGCGCACGCCCUCAACCUUCCGCUGCAACCCGGCGCUAGCGACGCCACUGUGGCGCGUGUGUGGGACAGCUGCAUCGAGCCUGCAGUCAAAGCGUACAAGCCUGAUGCAGUGGUGCUGCAGUGCGGCACAGAUGCGCUGUACGGCGACCCGUGCGGCGUGCACAACCUCUCCAUCGCAGCGUAUGUGCGCGCCGUGCAGGCCGUGCGCGCCUGGAAGCUGCCGACGCUCGUCCUUGGCGGAGGCGGCUACACACCUGCCGACCAUGCGCGCACCGCGGCGGCCGUCACCGCCGCAGUGCUGGGCCGCUGGAGCGACCAUCCGGAGGAUGGCUGCCUCACUCGCCAGAUGGAGGUGCCGCUGCACGACCUCUGGCCGGCGUACGCACAACGGCCGCAGCUCGACGUGCCCGCCGGAUCUACAAAGGACGAGAACGACGAGGGCUGGCUGUGCGAGGUCGAGGCGGUCUUCGCCCAGCACGCCGAGAAGCUGCGCGCCUUUCACGGCCACUAGGCCGCAGUCCACACAUUGCUAAUACCAUCGAGUCACCUUCGCGC